UCAGUAUACAUAGUGCGAGUGCACGCCACGGUGCUCGACGACGACACUCGAGUGUCACUUAUAAAUAUCUCGUUCACAUAUAUAUUGAAAGAAAAAAAUUGUUCUCAUCGCGAAAAUUCGUUGCUCCAAAACAUUUAAGAAUAUGUGUGUGGAAAAGAAUUUUUCUGAAACAAAUGUGAACGAUUUGAAUUAUGAUUAGUCGAAUUGAAUUGUAUAUUAAAAAUUGGGUAAAACGAACGGAGAAAGACGCUGCGAGGCUUGCGAGACGUGUUGAAAAAAUUACGUUCUUUCGAAUUAAUUUUUUUCACACGACCUGUAGAUAUAUACAAAACAUGUACAUAUGAAUAUAUAGAUACGUGCAAUGUCUAUAUAUUUAUAUAUAUGAAUUCGCGUGUGAAUACACUUUUGACCUCGUGGAGGCUUCAACUGCUUCAUCGAAUUUUAUUUGACAUCAUAAUGAAAUUUGCUUUCUCCACUAAUCCAAUAAAGGACAGCAAGCAAAAGCCAUCAUCGAUGAUUCCAGUACAACAAAGAGAUUGUCCAUAAAAACAUAUUAAGAGCCAAAGGCCAGAUCGGCUAUAAGCCAGUUCCAUGUAACGGCAUGAUUGAGAAGCCCAAAAUUGUUCGAGUGUUUUUGCACUCAAUGUAACACGCAACGAGUACCCUUAGGCAUAGAGAUUGAGGCAUAGAAAAAAAGAAAAAUAAAAGAAACUUUAUCGAUAUGGCGAUAGGAAGCGUUAUCUGCGGGGCUAACACUCCCAAGUUGAAGAGAAAGAAGGCAAAGACAACGCAGCGCAGUUGGAUAGAAGCAACAUUUCAGAAGAGAGAGUGUUCCAAGUUCAUUCCAAGUGCUAAAGAUGAGCACAGGUUGGAAGAGAUACAGGGAGAUAAAUGCGCUGAAUACGACGUGAUCACCACAUCCAGAUGCUGCUGCGGUCAUUCAUACACUCAUCAUUGCGGAACUGGCGCCGACGUUCAGAGCUACACGACCUCGGCUGGUGCAGAAGCAGAAAGGGACCAAUGGGCACCGGGAAAAAAUACUUGCCAGGCCCCAACCGAUGCAUAUGGGACUAUAGAAUUUCAGGGUGGUCCACAUCCAACGAAAGCUCAGUACGUGAGGCUAUCCCACGAUACGAGGCCAGAGCCGAUUCUUCAGCUUUUGUGUCGUGAAUGGAACUUGGGAUUGCCGAGAUUAUUGAUAACCGUGCAUGGUGGCCGUUCGAAUUUCGAGUUACAGCCGAGCCUCAAGAAAGUAUUGCGCAAGGGUUUAUUGAAAGCAGCUAAAACCACAGGAGCAUGGAUUUUCACCGGGGGAACGAACACCGGCGUGACUCGGCAAGUUGGCGAUGCGUUGCUUCUCGAACGUUCACAGAGACAGGGACGUGUCGUCAGUAUUGGUAUUGCGCCAUGGGGAAUAUUAGAAAAAAGCCACGAGCUCAUCGGACGCGGUGGCGAAGUCCCUUACGAUUCCAUGUCAUCACCGUGGUCCAGAUACGCCGUUCUUAAUAAUCGCCACGCUUAUUUCUUGCUCGUUGACAAUGGUACUGGCGGGCGUUACGGUGCCGAGAUAGUUUUGCGUCGAAAACUUGAGAAAUACAUAUCGAAUCUCAAGCUGCAGCCAUAUACACACAGCAGCAUUCCAGUGGUUGCUUUGGUUAUCGAGGGUGGUACAAAUACGAUACGUUCGGUACUCGAAUACGUAACGGAUGAUCCUCCAGUUCCGGUCGUCGUUUGCGACGGUUCCGGUCGUGCGGCUGAUCUCAUCGCUUUCAUGCACAAAUAUGCGUCCGACAGUAUUGAUGGAGAUUCCGGCGAGACCGAAGGGCGCUUGGAAGGGAUGAGGGAACACCUUCUGGAGACGAUCAAAAGAACUUUCAAAGUGUCACCCGAACAAGCAGGUCAACUAUACUCGGAAUUGUUGCAGUGUACGCGUAAAAAAAAUUUGAUAACUGUAUUUCGAAUAUCACAAGAUCGACCACAAGAACUGGACCAGACGAUCUUAACAGCCCUUUUUAAAUCCCAACAAUUAUCACCGGCUGAACAAUUGUCACUGUCACUGAUUUGGAACAGAGUUGAUAUUGCUCGUAGUGAAAUUUUUGUAUAUGGUCAGAAAUGGCCUCCUGGAGCCCUGGAUCAAGCGAUGAUGCAGGCCCUUCAACACGAUAGAAUAGAUUUUGUGAAAUUGCUACUAGAAAAUGGGGUUUCGAUGAGGAAAUUUUUGUCGAUACCCAGGCUCGAAGAAUUGUACAAUACCAAAGAAGGUCCGUCAAAUACGUUGGGCUACAUACUGCGCGAUGUUCGACCACACAUACCGCGAGGCUAUAUCUACACGCUUCACGAUAUUGGUCUAGUGAUAAAUAAAUUAAUGGGCGGUGCAUAUCGGGCGCAUUACACGAGACGAAAAUUCCGUAUGAUUUAUGCCAAAGUGAUGAAACGCUCGGGAGUCCAUCAGCAUAUUCAUCGUAAUAGCAGUGCCAUAGGAACGAGUCGUUAUUAUUCUGGAUCAGGUGGGAAAGCCGAUAGUCUUACGAUGAGUUUGCUCGCUGAAACUUUGCCGGCCAAUCGGGACACCCCACUUUUCGAUCAUCCUUUUAAUGAACUCAUGAUUUGGGCGGUACUGACUAAAAGACAACAAAUGGCCCUUCUCAUGUGGCAACACGGCGAGGAAGCCCUCGCCAAAGCUCUCGUUGCUCUCAAACUCUAUAAAGCAAUGGCUCACGAGGCUGCCGAGGACGACAUCGAGACUGAAGUUUACGACGAGUUACGGAGCUAUGGCAAAGAAUUUGAAAAUAUAUCUUUGGAAUUGUUAGAUUUCUGUUAUCGUCAAGACGAUGAUCAGACGCAACAACUUUUGACAUCGGAAUUGCAAAAUUGGUCGGGUCAAACGUGCCUUUCACUCGCGGUAACUGCCAAUCAUCGUCCUCUAUUGGCACAUCCUUGCAGUCAGAUAAUACUCGCUGAUUUGUGGAUGGGUGGCCUGAGGACGCGAAAAAAUACGAAUCUAAAGGUUGUCCUUGGACUUAUAUGUCCUUUGUACAUAACGAGGCUUGAGUUCAAGACUCGGGAGGAGCUCCAACUCAUGCCACAGACUCAGGAAGAGCAUCUCAUUGCUUUGGAGGAUGAGAACGAGGACAGUGACUCGGAACAGGGAAUUCCCCCGGGACCGGAUGUUGAGAAACGACGACGCAGGAGUAUCAGCAUUAGCAACAAACCGUCAAGUCAGCCGGGUAUUAAGGCUCUCAUUGGCAGUGACCACAAUCCAGCUAUCGUGAAAGAAACAAUUGUUCAGGAAAACGGAAGAGUACUCACCGAUAACGACGAUAAUCUUCAUCGGGCUUAUGGGCUCCUUUCCGAAUAUUACAACAACAAAACCAACAGACCUUUACGUUUUAAGAAAAAAUUGUGGGAAUUUUACACCGCUCCGAUCACGAAAUUUUGGGCCAAUGCUAUUGCUUAUAUGAUAUUUUUACUACUCUUCUCGUACUGCAUUCUCAUCCGCAUGACCGAUUGUCCAUCGUGGGCUGAAAUUUAUGCGAUUGCAUACAUAUGCACCCUCGGUUGUGAAAAAGUACGAGAAAUAGCGACAUCCGAACCUGCCAAAUUAUCGCACAAGUUCAGCGUCUGGGCGUGGAAUAUGUGGAAUCCUUGCGACGCAGCGGCAAUAAUAUUCUUCCAAAUCGGUCUCAUAUUACGAUUGCGAUCGGGCACUUUUGACAUUGGACGUGGGAUGUAUUGCGUCGAUUGUAUUUAUUGGUAUCUUCGAAUCCUCAAUAUCCUUGGUGUCAACAAAUAUCUGGGUCCCCUGGUUACGAUGAUGGGAAAAAUGGUCAAAAAUAUGAUAUACUUCGUGGUCCUGUUGCUGGUCGUGUUGAUGAGUUUUGGCGUAGCGAGGCAAGCUAUUCGGUUUCCGAACAACGAACCAAAGUGGUCAAUUGUGAGAGACAUUUUUAUGGAGCCAUACUUCAUGUUGUACGGUGAAGUUUACGCGGACGAUAUAGAUCCGGAAUGCGGUGACGAUCCAUCGAUGGAUCCUUGUUUACCGGGUCGUUGGAUAACGCCAGUCGCGAUGUCAGUAUAUCUCCUAGUGGCGAAUAUACUCCUGAUAAAUUUGCUAAUUGCGGUAUUCAACAAUAUAUUUAUCGAGGUUAACGCGGUGGCCCAUCAAGUUUGGAUGUUUCAGCGUUUCACCGUUGUAAUGGAGUACGAGCAAAAGCCCGUUUUACCACCGCCUCUCAUAGCAGUCUGUCAUUUUUAUUUGUUGUUUAAAUAUUUAUUGAGAUACGUCACUCAGGGCGAAAUGCGAUCGGGCGAAACUUACGACAACGGUUUAAAACUCUUCCUCGAAGCUGAUGACAUGGAACGUCUUUAUGAUUUCGAGGAGGAUUGUGUCGAAGGUUAUUUUCGAGAACAGGAGCUCAAACUUCAGAUGUCAACCGAGGAGAGAAUCAAAAUAACGACUGAACGAGUUGAAAAUAUGCAUCAGAAAAUCGAGGACAUUGACAAGAAAGAAAAUAACCAACAUGUCUCGAUGCAGUCGGUCGAGUUCCGAAUUCGUAAGUUAGAAGAAUUGAACGAGCAGACGCUUGCGCAUUUGGGUGUUAUUCAUCGUUUCAUGGCGACGCACAUGCCGAACGAUGGUCUCGGGAGUUUGGACAUCGAGAUAAGGCCCCGUAGGGUUUCGGAGCGUUCGGAAGUAAUGUCGGAGGUGGAGUCGCACGGUCAUGGACCACCGAACACAUUGCGGCAGAGAAGAAUGUUGCGUUCGUUGACCGACGCACCAGUGCUGCACAUGUGUCAGCAAACGAUCGACGACGACACGCUAAAGCAGUCGGAAACGUCACGUGAAAAUUUGAGCAGAAACGAGUCGUCGUCGAGUUGCUGUGACGUCUCGGCGGUUCCAGAUGACAAUAGUAAAAAGCAAACGAGUCGUGAGAGCGAAGAGAUCGAUGAACAGGGAGCCGGAGGAACGGUAGGAUCGAUCAAAUCGAAGAAUAUCGAGAGGGACGCGACGAGCGACGUGCCGCUGUCUGAAAUGCGUCAGGAUUCGGGUGAACGUACAACUCGACAAAACAGUCGAACGCGCUCGGAGUCCGACGAUGCUGUUUUAUUGGCUCCGAGCGGUUUGUCCCGCGGCGUAAAAUGGGCUGAGCCCAGAGCCGCCGUAAUCGGUACUGCGAAUGCGGCCAAUCAGCGAUCGACGCUUUUAGCAAUGCGCGCCGAGUACACGAGCAUAACCGACGAGCUUGAAAGUUACUGCGGCCUUUUGAGCCCUCCGAGAACACCGCCCGUGUCGCCAACGCCCUGUCGCGGUGGUCGCAACGUCGCCGAAUUAUCCGACCCCGAAAUGGCUUGGCACAUCGAAAACGAACAUCUCCGAGACGCCGAAAAAUGCGACUACCAACAAAUGGAAGAUCUCAUUCAACGACGUUACAUGCAAGGCGACGAUUCCAGCUCCGGCAAUGACGAUCCGAACGCCGGGCAGUACUUCACCGCCAGCGAACAUCGACACCUUCGACGAACACCCGCGAUCGAUCGAGCCGACGAGACCACUAGAAGACCCGGACCCAGCAUUAGCGUUACUCGUGAAAUUGAACACACUCUUGCGAAACCUCUAGCCACCAGAGACUCCGAUGAAGUCCAGGAAACCAAUGAAAAAAAUGUUCCCGCGCCCGCUUCCGAAACUAUGUGUUAAGCGUCGCAUUUUUCGGUUUUUUUUCUUUUAUUCGAAUCUUUUACAAAUGCGUUUUAUGCCAAAUUCAAUGUUUUUCUUCAAGCUCCUAGUAUAUAUAUAUUCCAAAUUUUUGAAAAUUUCUUCCUCUGGGGUUCAAGAACACCCAAAACAACGCAUUUUUGUAGUCUAAGUGUUUAGAGUAUUUUCAAAAAUCACUGAAGAAGCAUUUUCGACUUUUUCUUCUGAUUUUUUCACAUUAUUCUCUUACGAAAUGGCUGUUCGAAGUUUAACGUUCGAGAUAAUGCAAUAACGAAAAUAAUCAGCGGAUUCCUUCAUUGUAUUUUAAUUAUUCAAAAAUCAUUUUUUCCCCUUUUUUACGGAACUUUACAGACAAAGUCGAGAAUGAUCAUGAAAUUUUUUUCUCGGUAGGUUAUUUUUUGCAAUAUUCUGAAUUAUUUGUUACUUAAUUUUUAACCUUUCGACGAAUUGUCGUUUUGGCAUUUUUCGAAAAAUCAAAAAAAAAAUAGAAACGAACUUAGACUUGGGGUUCUGUUGAAUGUUUUAUACGAAAAUUUUACUCGAUUGCACUUUUACUUAAAUCAAUAGGCACUUUUACUUAAUUUCAACAAAAUCAUGUGAAAAUAAUUAUUGAAUUGAUUUUAGUCGAUGAAAAACAGUGAUUUUUGAAGAAAAUUGGAAUGGAACAUUUUUUAGAGCCUGCAACAAUGUAAAAAUCGAAAAACUUUUCAACUGUAUUGUUGCUAGAAAAAUGGCGUGAAAAGUUUUACGAAAUCGAUCAACGACGAACUAUAAUCAAUUUUCAUGUAUUCUUUUAAACUGUACUUAGAUGAAAUUUUAGACUUUUUAUUAAUUGACACUUGCGAAAAAGAAGUGAAGAAGAGAAUCGAGAUAAUCCUUUAAUCAAUAAUCGGAAUGCUCAAGAACAGAAGGAAACAAUUAAUCGAUCGAUUUUUCCACCUUUUGACCACGGUGUAGCCUUUCCAGAAUUUUUUACGUCUUAUUGCGGUACAAAUCAUAUCGACAAGCUAAACAUCGAGUACACACGAACGCGUGUACACGUCAUUUCACACGAAAUAUCGAAUUUUUGCGUGAUCCCCGUCUGGAGGGAAACCGAAAGAAUGAAAACAAUUGAGCUCGGCCGUUCCAUCGAACAUUCAUGAGGUCUUCGGGUUACUGAGUCAGAUCGCAAUUUCCCUGAAUUCGGACCACGAUUUUUAAUAUACCAUUCUCACGAAGUAGACAAUUUUUCAAACAAAAAUCUUUCUACAAGUACGACUCUCAAAAAAGUAGUUCCACAAAAGAAUUUCACUAAAGUGGGAAUUGAAAAAAAAUUGUGGCAAAAAUGUUUGAUUCCGGGUGAUGAGUCAAUCAAAAAAAUCGUGGUGUCGAUCGAAUUUGGGCUCAGUUUACGCGAAAUGUCUCCUCCCUUUUUAUAUUGAUCAAAUAUUUACUUGAAUUUUAAUUACCAAAUGCACAAUAAUUCGUUGUCAUGAAUUCAUUUGAAAUGGACACAUUCGAAUCCAUGUGUGCGUACGUCUGAGAGAGUUUCAUUUUAAUUGUUCUCCUUGCGAUCUUCGAACCCCCAAAAGGGGAGUGGAUGUUAAAUUGAAAAACUAAGCAGAAUGGUCCCGAUAAAUAUUUCUCAUUAUUGUAAUUAGACACCUCAGAAACUUGAUUAAGGACCCUCUCGAUCGUUGAGUUUCUCGAGGUUUCUCGUUUUUGUACAUCGCGUGUAUGGAAGCUCGAACUUUUUAAAUAUUUCUAAACGACAACGCCUGAUCAAAAGUACAAUAGUGACACACCACGAAAAUUGUUCGUCCAUUUGGACAUAAAGAAUUAGUUAGAAGGAAAAAAUCGCCUGAUUCGAAUAACGAUAAACUUUGAGCGAGAAUAAUUCGGGCUUUUAUCCUGGCAAAAUUUGGAACAAGCUUCGUUUAAGCUCGAAUUCGGAGAGGAAUCGAUCUAAAAAAGUGAAACACUUGGCAAAAAAAACAUGAUUGAAGAUACAAAUCGAAGCAAUAUACAUUCUUCGUUGAACUGAUUGUCACUGUUGGUGUUCCUCCUGAGCCAUCUUCAGGGUUCAUUUGUUUUCUAAAAUACAAUUAUACAGCGAAUGAAAAGCAAAAAAAAAAAAAAAAAAAAAACAGCGAAGCGUUAAAAAACGACUGUUUUAUCGUUUCGAACGAAAAUCUUGGCGUUGAUGAGAGAGGAGGGAGUUUUUACCCUGCGACGAGUGGGUCGUUUCCAAAGGAAAAACGAAAAAUCAUAUCAAACAUAAGAAACGAUAAAUAAAACCAAAAUAAUUCGACUUCAACUGUUCCGUCUCUUUACAAAUGAAAUUACACUCUCUUUUAUAUACAUGUACAUUUGAAUUAUACAGCCUGUGUCGACAGAAUAAAUUAAGGCACUUCAAUAAAGGGGCAGAGAGAAAGAGCUCGAGGCAGCAUUGAAAACUGAAUGCAAGCAUUUCGUUCUACGAUUUAUUAAAUGCACAACCAAAAGAGCAUUUAAUCCUCGAUCCAUGUACUUGGGAAUCCAUUGAUGAAAAGUACUGCUGCGAAUGCUUCAUUCGAGGUGCAAUAAAAUUUAUCGCCCCUUUCUGCGUCGUGCGUGUUGACUAAGAUUCGAGGGGGAUGCUCGUGCGUUCAACGAGAUUAGUUUGAGAGCGAAUGUAAAAAAGAACGCGAGAAGCACUUAUCACAUUGCGAUUAAUCGAAAUAAUCAAAAUGAGAAGAAUUAUUGUGACAGUUGACAAACGAAAUUUUGCGGUCUCACCGAGUGUCCCGAAUCUGUUGAGGCUAAAAUACCAAUAAUAAUACUGGUGCAUGAAUAAUAAAAACAAUAAUCGCGCAUCGGUUUAUGGUAAACCAGUAGGCGAUUCGAACUAAUCGUUUGUAAGAUCGAAAAAGGCACUAAUUAGAAAAUUCAAUUAGGAUAGCGUUAAUUAAUCUAGUCGAUAUGUACGGAAAUAUGAAAAUGAAGAAAACCAUAUGAAAGACAAGAAAAAAUCAAUGAAAAGUGUUUCGUCAGUGAGAAAACGAAUAUACCAUCGCAAAUAUUUUUAUUAGAGAAAAUUUGUGGCUUUUUUAGUUAUAGCGUUGACUAAACUCAAUGAAUUGUACAAAUAAUCGAGAAGAAACAGAGAUGAGAUUAAAGAUACGUAUAUCGAGCACACAGAUGCGUAAUAUUUUAUGGAUUUCAAGCAAUAGGACAGACAAAACCGAGGAGCAGAGGAGCGAGGGCUAGAGACAAAAAGGAUAUUUCGCUCAUAGCAAAAUCAAAUAGCAAAAAGACAUGUUCGUAACACGAAUAAAUGUAAUUUCGAUUGUUGAAACGAUUCGACUUCGAGAAUUCAACUUUAUAUUUGCUCAAAUUGUAUUUCAGCGUGCUGUAUUAGCGAUAAAUGUAUUUUUCUGAUGAAUAUUAUUCCCCGCCAGAUUUUUCGCUUCGUCUAAAGUUAUUUGUAAAUAAUUACGAUUACAUACGUGUAACGAAUUCUCGAUAAGUUAAUUCGCUCGAAAAAAAUCGUCUUGUUUCAACGAUUUUUUCCUUCUUCGAUUGUCGAGCGUUUCAAAUUUCGUAUUAUUCGAAAUGGUGUCGCGACGAAGUGCUCCUCUCGUUUAAGGACGACAAAUUUUACGUACGCCAUUAAAAAUAGACUAAUUUGCUCAAACUUCGUUGAAUCGCGAAAUAAAAAUGAUCAAUUAUGAAAUUAUUAUUAUUAAUUCCUCGCGAUAAUAAUUACGUAAUACAAACAAUGUUUGCGAAGUUUGUUGGUGUACAAAUAUCGUUACGAAUGUCACUUUCUUCCAAUUAGUAGAAUAUCGCAUUUCUCGGUUCUAAACGUACGCAAUGUUUUUCACACUCACUUACAAAACACACACUUCAAUAGUCACGAAAAUAAGUGUACGAUAGUCACACUCCUUCGAGACGUUUCCCUCUGCCUAUUUUUUCCCCCCUCUCAUGUCAUUUUAUCUUUCGCAAUGUAUGAAAAGAAAACGAAUAAUCAGAGAAAGGGAUCCUGAGCCAAUUCGCUGAGUGGACAAAACGUUUGAGGAAAAAAAAUAGAGAUUAAGGAAGUUUCGUGUUUUUCGUCAUUCGUUUUAUUUCUUUGAGACUUAUUCAAAUGUAAUAGCGAUCGAUAUGCCACACUGAUUAUGUUACAAUAAAAGUGAUUGGAAAAAGGUG